AAGAAGAAACGACACUACAAGAACACACGGAAGAAACGAGUUCUUCCCCGAAAAACAUAAAUCAGGUCCGGCGCGGCUCCAGCCUCAGGCGCGGGACGUCGCAUGUGUUCCUCGUGACCGUGCGCCCCAAACUGGAAUUAAUGUUGAAAUACUUCAAUGAAAACAUAUCCCUAGCGCUCCAGGAGAGGUACAGGGACCUCCAUGAUUACCGGAAGACGGAACCGGUAGAGGAGGACUCACCGAGGGAGGCGAAAGUACCGAAAAUAGCGGAGGAGGGCGAAGCGGUCGGCGGCGAAGGCGCUUACGAGGCGGGCGCCGCGCCGCCGUACCCGAGACUCCUGGAGGCGCCCAAAGAAGAGGACAACUUUGUGACGAGCUGGCUGCAGAACUCAUUCAAGAUGACGGCGGCGGAGGGUGGCGAGGCAGCGGCGGCUGGCAGCGCGCUCGACCUCCGCGCGGCGCCUCUCUCGCUACAUAUCCCAGCGCUGCAGCCCGACCAACGUCAAUUCAAGAUGCAGGACUUCUGGGGGCGCAGCCGACCUGCCAGCCCACACGAACCACCCGAGCCGCACGAGCCGAUGCCGCAGCCGGGACCCGCGCCGCCCACACCGCAGCCGCCCGCCACACCAGACCACAAGAUCAUGACAGACAAGCUGGUUACCGAUAUACAGCAACAGUCACCAUCCGCAGACUCCACAAUGAGCGAGAGAUCACUCGUACCAUUUGCACUGGUAAAUUUACUGUCAUCACUCAAUAAUAUCGAUCCGCAACAACAGUCGCCGACGGGGGAGGCGCCGAUGCCCGACCGCAGCAUGCUACCCUUCGCAUUGGUAAAUUUCCUGAAUAGCCUCAAUAUUGAUCAACAAGCGCGGCCGGGGCAGAGCAUAAGCGAGAGAACGCUGGAGGAGUGCUGGUCGACGCUGCAGCGAAUCUUCAUGCACAAGAACGCAAUGCAGAUGCACGCGCGAGAGCUGCAGCGUGGGCUGGGGGGCGAGGUGAAGCCCCACCAGUGCCAGCAAUGCCUCAAAUCCUUCAGCUCAAACCACCAGCUCGUCCAGCACAUAAGAGUCCAUACGGGAGAGAAACCAUACAAAUGCUCAUAUUGUGACAGACGCUUCAAACAGCUAAGCCACGUACAGCAACAUACCAGACUGCAUACAGGAGAACGACCAUACAAAUGCCAUCUACCGGACUGUGGGCGUGCGUUCAUACAACUAUCAAAUCUACAACAGCACUUACGAAAUCAUGACGCCCAAGUAGAACGUGCGAAAAAUCGACCCUUCCAUUGUAAUAUUUGCGGCAAGGGAUUUGCCACAGAAAGCAGUCUACGCACCCAUACAGCCAAGGAGCUUCAGCUGCACCUUGGUGUUUUGCAGCAACACGCGGCGCUGAUGAUAGGGGGCGCCACCGCCACCCCUUGUCCGAUUUGUCACAAAGUCGUAUUCGGGGGCGAAGCACUCGUUGAACAUAUGAAGAACACUCACAAGGACCCCAACGCGUCCGGCGUUGCGAGUCCACCCGCCACUUCACCAUACCCAGCGCAAGCUAAACCAAUUGAUCCUUAUAUAGCGAAGCGGCGGACUGCGAACCAUCCAUGCCCCGUCUGCGGAAAGCAUUACGUGAACGAAGGUUCCCUGAGAAAGCACCUCGCCUGUCACCCCGAGACCCAGCUCACAAGCAGCCUACGAAUGUGGCCGUGUUCUGUCUGCCAGGCCGUCUUUACACAUGAAAAUGGACUACUUUCCCAUAUGGAACACAUGAGAAUGGAACCUAAACAUCAAUUCGCCGCCCAAUACGUGUUGUCGCGAGCGGCGGCCGAGCGCAGGGAGCGGGACAUCCUGGCCGCCGUGUCCGCCUCCGCCGGCGGCUCCGGCCUGCUCAACCUUGCCCCGCCCUCUCCCACACACUCCGACUCCUCGUCUAACGGACGACUUUCUUCCUCCGCCGGCUCAGAAGCCGGAGCCACAGUAAACAAACUCUCAGACUUGCUCAGAUCGAACAACGGGCAAGCGUACGGUGACGAAAGAGUAGCGGCCAUAGCGGCCGCCGCCGCCAACAUGAUGGCGCAGCCUGGAGAAGGAGCGAAUGCGGUUCAAGUGGCCGCUGCUAACUUAGUAUCGGCGAUGAGACAGCAAUUAGCAAGAGAACCGCCACCAGAGACACCGGCACCCAGCGAGGCGACACUUCGCAUGCAACAGGCUGAAGCGUUGCUCAGAAGUCAAGCGGAAGCUCUCAGAUUAGCAGUGUCCCAAGCCGCCGCAGCUCACAACACCGAGCCCCCAAGUCCACUCAGACACAACGGAGGUUUUCCAACGCCGACUAACGACGCCAGUGGUCAGCUAUCGCCAGAGCUGGUGGAAGCGUUUAGAAUGGCUCAAGAACAAAGAUUGGAACAAGCACUGCGAUUGCACGAUCCGAGAAUGCUUGGGUUUAACAUACCAUCCCCGCAGCAAGUCGCUCAGCAGGCUGCCCAGCAAGCGGCACAACAAGCUGCUCAGCAAGCUGUGGCCGCUCAACAUGCUGCACAAGCCCAAGCGCAGGCACAAGCACAAGCGCAAGCGCAAGCGCAAGCACAAGCACAAGCACAAGUGCAAGCCGCCCAACACAUGCAGCAUUCCUCGCUGCAAAUGGCGCAGGCGCAGGCGGCGCAGCAAGCCGCGCAACAAGCGGUCCACCUCCAGCAAAACCCUCAGCCAUGAAAAUUCAGCUAUUACUAAUCCGACGCAAUUUCGUUUCAGCGUUAAACUAAAAUAAACCAGUUUAGUAUACAAACCAAAAGUAAAUAAGCUAUAUUUUCGGAUGACAAAUUUAAUUUUUUUCGGUGCGAAGCGAAAUCGCCUCAGAUUGGUAAUCGCUUAACGUUUUUUUUACAACAGUUCAGUUACGGAAAUUCAAAAGGUACAGCAUUUCGUUUUAUGAGUCGUUCGGAAAUUAUACAAUGUUUGUCUAUUAGUAUUUUAGAUAGGAAUAACUGUUGUAAAUAGAGAAACGUAUAGUCAGGGACAUUAUUGUGUACAUGUAUAUAAAAAAAAUGUUUAAAAUUAUAGUCGAAUGAACAAUAUCGGAACAAGAAACUCGCCCGAACAAGUAAUUAGAAUUAGAGAGAGACCUGAGACAAACAAAUUCAGUGCAAUCUUCGAUUUACUCGUUUUGGUUAUUAUUGAGUGUUUAUUAUUGAAAUAUAUUUAUUUUAAAUAGCUUUACAAUAGAGCUAUGUAUUUCUUAGCUUAGUACAAACUUUUGGAUGUGCCAAACUGUUUAUUUAGCACAUUUCUCUCGCAUUUCGAGAAUUCUUUGCAAUACUUAGU